AUGAGUUUUGGUCACGGUUCAUCGUCAUCAGCGAAAAAUAAAAGUGAUUUGCAGGUAUAUAGCAGCUCUAAUCUUCUAUGGAACCCUUUUUGUCGUUGUGGAGACAGUGAUAUACUUCGAAGGGCAAGAACACUCAUCAAUUAUGGAAAACUUUUUUGGGGUUGUCAACAUUUUAAGAGAUAUAAUAAUGUUGGUUGUGGAUUCUUUGAAUGGUUCUACGAAGAAGGUAGAGAUGAAAAGGAGGAAUUCAUGAUGAAGCAACAAAGUAAGAUAGAUGUGCUAACUAAAGAGAUCGAUGAAGCCAAAAAAAGUAUUCAAGAUGUUAUAAUAUUCAUUGUGUUCCAAUUUAUCAUUUUUGUGUCAUUAUGUAUCAAUUGA